UUCUGUCCCUUCUGCCCACAAAGCUUUUUGUCAGUACACCUCCUGCCUUCUUGUUGUGGCUCUUAACAGUUUCCAGCCACCUCAGGCUGGGGCAGGAGGCCUUCAGCAUGCAUAUCUGCUCUUUUUCAGAGCCAUCCUUUCUCCUCUUCCCCAUCCCCGCAGCCUGCCAUUGCCUGCCCACCUGGCAAGUCAGAGCAUGUCUGGCCCCCCUGGACAAGAUGCAGAAGAUGGCAGAGCUGCUGAAGCUCGUGGAAGAGCAUGAGGAGGGGGCUCCGGGGGCUCCUUUGCUCACUGACUCCUGCUUGGCAUACAACAGGCUCACUCUGGAUGUUUAUCCGGAUGGCUGCUGUCGGCUGCUCCAACUGUUUGAGAGGCAACUGGCAGAGGUGGUGCAGGUGGAGCUCCUCCGGCUCAGCAGUAACGAUCACUUGCUUGAUGCUGCGCUGAUCGUCCUUCCGUAUCUGAAGCGCCUGAAGUCCCUGGUGCUCAAAGGUGGCCAUGUCAGAGAUGAAUUUGGUUCAUGUCAGCACGGCUCCCUGACAAGCUUGCCACCAGGUAUUGGGACCCUGAGAUGUCUCACUCACUUGGAUCUCAGCUUCAAUAGUCUCUCUACCUUGCCCAGCUGCAUCCUUUACCUCACCAGCCUCCGCAUGCUCUUGGUGAGCCACAACAACUUGGUGGCUCUUCCUGAGAACUUUGGCUCACUGAGCAAGCUGACUUUCUUCUCUGCUAUGAAAAAUCAGCUGAAGUGCUUACCUCAGAGCAUCGGGGAGCUGGCAGCACUGGAGGAACUGGAUCUCUCAGAAAAUGUGUUGGAACAUCUCCCUGAAGAGGUUGGAAAUCUGCACAGCUGCACAGAACUGGAUCUCUCCGGGAAUCUGCUCUCAAGCAUCCCAGAUUGUUUAGCCAAUUUGAAGUCUCUGCGGCGGCUGCAUCUUCACAGCAAUCUUCUGGUGACAGUCCCUGCAUCGCUCGCCAGCCUGCCCAACUUGUCCAGGCUUGAUCUGCAGAACAACUUCCUCCGUGCUGUCCCCCCUGAGAUACAGACUGCGCCAUUUGUGCACCUCCGAGGCAACCCCCUAGGAGAAACUGAGCAGUCCCUGCAGGCUGAUGAAUCCAGUGCCACAGAGCUACCAAGACUGUUCCUUGCAUCGGAAGAGGAUAGUUUCACAGUGACCUCUGAAGGUUGCGAAGUGUUCCUGGCCUGUGGCAUCCGUUUCUACUUUCCACCAGAGGCUGCCUCUGACCCUCUGCGGAUCUACUUCCGAACCUUGGCACCAGACCCUCAGUGGGUGAAGCUGAGACACCAUGAUGUCCUGCUGAGCAAAGUCCUGGAGUUACAACCUCAUGGGGUCAAAUUCCAGAAGGAGGUAGAGAUCUGGAUGCCAUAUGCCUCUCCAGAAACUCUUCACGAGCGUGAGGUGGUUGUUCGGACCUUCAGUGGGCAGAGCUGGAGUGACCUGAGAACACGAGUGGACAAGAGUAAGAAGGACGUGGCUCGUUGUAGUGUUCUUCACUUCUCCUGGUUCCUUGUUGUAUCUCGACUUGUGCAAAAUGAAUGCAAAGUGUCAGCAGAGGGGACAUUGCUCUUUUCCAGUGUGGAUCCAAACAUCAAAGUGACCUUCCCUCCUGGAGUCACUGAAGAGACUCGCAGUGUCAAACUGCAGGUUCUGCCAGUCUCUGCAGAAGAGAUAGCGGAACUCACAGCUGAUGCAGGAUGCAAAGCCAGUCCUCUGCUCUGCCUCUCCCAGGAUUCCCUGGUAGAUUUCCUCAGACCUGUGAGAAUUCAGCUCCCACUCCCACUUGGGGUUACAGGGUUAAACUUGGAUUGGUCAAGGCUGCAUCUUCUUUGUGGGGAUGUGGAAGGCCAAACUUGGGAUGACAUCACCAAUGAAGUGAUGCUGGAACUCACUCAUCUCUGUGCAGUAUUUGAAGUCACCCACUUCUCCUGGUACUGGCUGUGGUACACCACCAAGACCUACAUUGGAGGCAUUGCCAAGAAAGUUUAUGAGCGGUUACGUAUGUACCAGGUGAACUUCAUUGCUCUGCAGAGGAAGAAGGAUCCCGAGCAAGUCCUGCUACAGUGUCUCCCCAAGCACAAGGUUGACCCAGUGCUGAAGAAGCUGCAGGACCGCUACCGAGGACCUGAGCCAUCUGACAUGGUGGAAAUGUUUGAAGGAGAGCAGUUCUUUGCAGCUUUUGAGAGAGGCAUCAGCAUCGAUAUGGAUCGCCCUGACUGUGUGGAUGGACGUCUCUCAUUUAUUUUUUACUCCCACUUGAAGAACAUGAAGGAAAUCUACGUGACUUCCCCAGUAGACAGGAAAGGCCAAGCUGUAAAAGGCCAGGUCUCUUUCUACCGAGGGGCAAUUCCUGAGAGCAUUCCUGAAGAUGCCAGCAGGAGGAGGAGAGGACCGGACUCCCUCUGGCUCGCUACUUUACCAAUCAAACUGCCUAGAUUGAAACCCCGUUGGGGUGAGACCUCCAGUUCAUUGAAUGGCUUCUCCUUCCCUCCCUUGAACCUGGGCAAUGCUGAGACUGGCUACCUGACACAGGCAAACCUUCUGAGCAUCGCCAGGCGUGUGGGAGCUGACUGGCAGACCAUUGGCCUGAACCUGGGCUUGACCUAUCAACAGAUUGAGCGCAUAGGAUACAAUAACAGAGAGGACCUUGAUAAGCAAAUCCUGGACAUGCUUUUCUCAUGGGCCCAGCAAAACUCAGAGGAUCCCAACUGUGUGAGCAAGCUGAUCACAGCCAUGAAAGAGAGUGGCCGCCAGGACAUCGCUGAUGAGGUCGAAACCAUCAUUGAGCUGGGACGGCAGAAAUACAGGGAGUCCAUCCGCCGCGUGGGCUUGGAGCAGGAGAGCAGCACUGAAGACUCUGCGAUAGCCAUGACAUAGCUCCUAGCAGAAGGGAAUGGGCUUUAUCAGAGGGGAAUCUCGAGUUCUAAACAAAACCUAAGGAGUUUUGCUCCAACUCCUGCCAGGCUUGUUAGAUGAGACUUGUAAGCUGUGUCUUUGACAGACUUCCAGUUUUAUUUUACAAAUACGUGCAACUCCAUAAUCCUGAAGAGGCCUUAGCUUGCCUGAAAGUAAAUUUUCCCUUGCACUUUCCAAGAGAGAUUCCUCACAUCCUCUUUGUGAGAUGUGCCUGUGUACUUGUAAAAAAGUUUGCAGAGCUUUGUGAAAAGCAUAAUGUAAGUUUGCAUUUUAGAAACUGGUCUGGCCAGCUGUAACAUUAGCACUGUUGUGGAAUUAGCAUCAACUGUGCUGAGCAAACUUCCCAGUUUUGUGAUCUGAAUACCUUGUAAAUGGCUGUAAGCAUUUAUUGCUUUUUAACUGUGCAGUGACUGACUACUGAUGUGCUCUUCUCUUCCUGUUACACAUCUCAUAAUGUGCCUCAACUAAUGGCCCACUAAUGGCAGUGGGAAGUUGCACACAAGCUGUUUGGAUGUCUACUGUAAUCUAGGUAUGUUCAGCUCAUUCAGAAUAGGUUUCGAUUCAGCAUAUCCCAUCCUCUAAGCAGUAUUUAAAGGGAUAUUCUCAGUCUGAAAGCUUGUAUAAAAAUGUCAGCUUGUAACAUCCAAAAUCAACCCACAGCUUCAGGUCUGGUGCUUUCUUCCCCUUUUUCCCCAGUGAAUAAUCAUCAGUGACCAGAUGCUGUAUUUCAGACAUGCAAACAAUGCUACUGAAAGAGGGGCAAUAAAAUGAUUCUUUUUUCUUAAGGCAUUCUAUCAUCUCAGGCCAUGGAGUGCAUGGAAUGAAUGCUACAGCACUGGACAAGGACUUUUAGACUUGAGCUGUAGCCUUAGGCCUAGGGACUUACUCAGAGCUGAUCUCUUAGGCCAUGCUACCCCUCAGGUUUUGUGCUGGGUUUGUGUCAGCAGUUGUCUUUUGAGUGUGUGUAAUCUCUGGUAGUAUGUCAUAAGUUCUUGCCUGGAAUUUUGAUGUAUACCAACAAGGUAUUUGUUUUUAACUCCAGUUCUGGAGAGAUGCAUUCGGGCAUAUUGCUCUCACUGGAAAUAAAAUAAGCACUUAAUUAUUUCAUGUCUCUA